UAAUAAAAUGUCAAUUCCUAAGUACUUUUUGUAGAAACCCCACAGUAUGUAGAACUAGUAGGGUGACCCUGAGACCAUCCAACAUCUUGAUGAGUCUCGAACAUUCCAACUAAAUUAUCCUUUUUCCAAAGUAAAAUACAUAUAAAUUUAAAAAGGAAAAAGAAAAAUCUCCAAAUUACAAGAACCAUCUACAAACUUCCAAUCAAAAUAAUAAUUCCAAAUACCAUUUCUCUUUUGCCCUUCUCUAUAUAAUCCCAUCAACCAACCUCCCUUAUAUUUCCAAAAAAAUUGUCUUAAAACACCAACUUAGCCUACAACAAAUCAACCUUCAUUUUCCUACAAAUCCAAACUCUCAAAUGGGCAACCAAAUUCCAGCCAUCCUCUGCCUCCUCACGGUGGCGUUCAUGGCAGCGCAGCACACUGAGAGCUUCAUGCCGUACACUGGAGCGCCGUGGGGCACGGUGGUGCCGUCCGACGAUCCAUUUAGAAUUCUUGAACAAAUGCCUCUAACAGUCCCAACGGGAAUGGAAACUAUGGCGUUGGCACAAGUGGAUUGGAAAGAGACACCAUUUGAGCACAAGAUCUUGAUAGACAUUCCAGGGAUGAAGAAGGAAGAUGUGAAAGUGGAGUUGGAGGAGAACAGAGUAUUAAGGAUCAGCGGCGAACGGAAGGCGGAGACGGAGGCGGCGAUGGUGACUGAGGAAGGAGAGAAGUGGCACAGAGCAGAGAGGGUAAAUGGGAAAUUUUGGAGGCAAUUUAGGAUACCUGGAAAUGCAGAUUUGGAUGGAAUUAAGGCAAGUCUUGAAGAUGGGGUGCUCAUAAUCAGAGUGCCUAAAUUAGUGGAAGAGAGAAGGAAGCAGCCUAAGAUUAUAAGUGUUGUGGGGGAAAGGCCUUCUGUUGGAGAAACUGAUAUCAAAGUCGCUAAAGAUGAGAUGUGAUGAUAUAAGAAAGAUCAUACCAAAAUGGUUGAAAUUAUGUAUGGUGUGUUGCAAAAGGGUGCUUUGCUGAAUCUAAUGUAUGAAAUGUACCGAGUUUUGUGUUGUGAAGAUGUGAGAUUUGUAAUUAAUCAAGUAUUUUAGAGUGAACUCUGUGGUUUUGUUGUUCA